UCCACAAAUUGUCAACAUGGCAGGCUGGACUGGAUUUAGUGAUGAAGAUCUCCGGCGAAUGCGUCAAACAUCUAAUAAAAUCAGCGAUGAAAAAGUUCCAAGAGCUAAAGUUAACCAAAGACCUAGACCUAACCAGUCACCUAGAGCAAGGGAGGGAAUCAAACAGAAUACUACAGACACCCAGUCAGGACAUUCUGUGAAGGUUGCUGCCCCCGACAAGGUUGUCUCCCCUGACACCCCCCCAUCACACCAGAACAACAAUGUAGAGAAGACAGGUGUGUCAGGUACAGAUGUGUCAGGUACAGCAGGAACACCUGACACCACAUCACCUGCAGGCAGUGAGACACCUGCCAUCAGGGAACUUGACAUCUCACAGGCACGCAGCAUGGAGCUGGAGAAUGUCCACAAGUUCCAACAACACCAGAAGGUGAUAGAGGAGGCCAAUAAACACAAGAGGGCUCUGCUGGCUAAAGCUAUAGAGGACAGGAGGAAGAAGGCCAAAGCUGAGGCGGAGAAGUUGAUGAGAGUCCAGCAGGAGUUGAACCACUUGGACCAUCUGUUGACUGGGGACGUCAGCAUCAUCAGGGACAAGAUUGAGGUGGCCAGUCUAGAGUACAACGACGCACAGAAAAGAUACGAGAAAGCUGAGAAAGAGUUUGUGGCUGCCAAGAUGGACCUGUUCAGUAAAGGCGAGGUGAAGGAGCGGCUGACGGAGCACCUGUACACCAUCAUCCACCAGAACGAGGUCCGCAAGGCCAGGAAGUUGGUGGAGCUCAUGGAGAAGCUGGCCAUGGAGGUCACGCCAGAGGAGAUGGAGCUGACCAUCCCAGCCAUCCCACAGCUGACCAACUUUACGGCCGUGGCCACGCUGCAUGACCCGAUGGCCAGAGGCCAUUCCCAGCUAGAGGAGACGGUGGGCACAUCAGUGGGAAACAAAACAGCUGAAACAGCGGCAAACAAAACAGCUGAAACAGCAGGAAAUGAAACAGCUGACAUGACAAUGACGAAUAAACCAGCUGAUGUGACAGCAAAUAUAACACCCAGUUCUGGUGUUUCAACUUCCAGUCAGUCUGUGACAACUGACGUCACCCAACCACAGGCUGACGUCACCCAUCCACAGCCUGACGUCACCCAACCACAGGCUGACGUCUCCCAUCAAUCCACACCACCAACCAACUCCAUCACCACAGAACAACCAACCAGCAACAACAUAGAACAUGUCCAGUCCUCCCAUGUUUUGACCAAUCAGGUUACAUCUUCCAACAAUAACUUGGUUCACAGUGAAGCCAGUGACAAAAUGGUUGGUGUAAAUCCCACAACAGGACAUGAUAUACCAGAAAACCUUCUAACACCAGAGAACUCUGACCCAGCUGAAGUUGUUGAAGUCUCCCACAUGACAUUACCAGGACCAAAACCCAGCACAGCAUGGAGCAAUCCAUUCACAUAGGGCAGUGGUAGACGACAUUUUACUUAAUUUUAGCAUCUGAACUUUUUUAGAAGAACAAUUAGAUUCUUCAUGUGAGACAUUGUGGGGUUCUCACAACAGUAAUAACAUAAUUGUUUCUGUAUUUAUAAAGUGGUUUGAUGUAGUUAUAUAUUGUUUUAAUUAUACUUUAUAGGGUUAUUUACAAAUCUAUAUUUAUAUUGGUUUUGUGCCAAUAGAAAAUGCUUUAAAUGUACAUUUGCGGGUUAUGUUGUAAGAAAUGAUUGCAUAAUGUUAAACACUUUGCUGUUUAAUGAGUUACUGUUGUUGAAUUGCAGGGUCAAUGUCCCUGUAAGUGCCUUAACAUUGACAUGUAACUUGUAUCUCUAGGUAGGUUUUACUCUGUUUUUUAUGAGUGGCCAAGUUGCAAUGUGGCUGUG